UUGCGGUUGCGAUUGGCUCCAAAGUUGACUGAACGGCACGUUCAUCAGAAGCCUUUUUCUAAUAUGAAGUUCAGCAGAGCAACUCAGGUCCUCAGUGCAUCAGUUUCGAUUGCUAUCACGGCAAUGGUGUAUGCGAUGGUGCUGCCUGCCUCGGCCAUCACUACAGCUCAAUUUUGUGAUUUUAUGGACAGUAUUUUCGAUGCCUUCAACAGCUCGAAUAAAAAAAGAUCUUCGCAAAAGCUGCGGCAUGCAAUCAUGAAAAAUGAUUCAGAGCUGAUUGACUUCCUCCGAAGCCAGCUUCCCUGGAUUGCAUUAUGGCAGUUUGUUGGCAGACGUCAACCACAAACCAUCGUAGGUUGGCAAACUACAAUUCAGGAUAUUUGUCAACAAUGGGACGACCUCUCCAAAAAUUACAAUUUUGAAGACCUGUUAACACGCACGCUUCGACAGGAUCCUCUGGAGAACAUAUUUGGCCACAUUAGGCAAAAACAGGUUUGCAACACCAACCCCAAUGUAGCACAAUUUAUUUGUGGCCUGAAGCACAUCUACAUAAGAAAACUCUUCAAGCUGUCAGAAUACGGAAAUCUCGAUGAUGAUGAAUUUGACCUCCUCCAGGAGCAGCUCUCGCCAUUCCCCCUCACCAGUGCGUCUCUUGUGGAUAAUGAGGAGGAGUGUGCACAGCCACAGCCUGACGACUUUCCCGAUCUAGACAAUCUCUCUGAACUUGCGACCAACAUUCACUCCCAUAUUAUCGAUGAGUGCGCUACAUAUUAUGCAGCUGGUUUUUUCAUCCAACACUUUCUUCGGAAUGCAUGUGACGGUUUCAGUUGCCCACAGUUACUAAAGACGACACAGUCGCUUAAGGGUACCCACCAGUAUUUUACAAUGCUCAAAGCAUACCACGUCCCCAGCAAACUUUUUGAGAAUCUCACUGUGCCAUCAGAAGCAGCUUUUGCAUACGUACAACAAGAUGAAUCUCACUUUCUUGUUAUGAUUCAGGUCACUGCACAUCACCUGAAAGUGUGCGAUGUUUUGUAUCACCAUCUGUCAAGU